AUGGGGGAUAGUCAGUACUCCUUUUCGCUAACCACUUUCAGUCCUUCUGGAAAGCUUGUUCAGAUUGAACACGCCUUGACAGCUGUCGGAUCUGGUCAAACAUCAUUGGGAAUAAAAGCUGCCAACGGUGUUGUAAUUGCAACUGAGAAGAAAUUGCCAUCCAUCCUGGUUGAUGAGACAUCUAUGAAUAAAAUUCAGAAUUUGACCUCAAAUAUUGGAGUUGUGUACAGUGGCAUGGGCCCAGAUUUUCGAGUUUUAGUUCGGAAAAGUAGGAAGCAGGCAGAGCAAUAUUAUCGACUUUAUAAAGAAGCAAUUCCUGUUACACAACUUGUCAGGGAAACAGCCACAGUUAUGCAGGAAUUUACUCAAUCAGGUGGGGUUCGCCCUUUUGGUGUUUCACUCUUGGUUGCGGGUUAUGAUGACAAGGGCCCACAGCUAUAUCAAGUGGAUCCAUCAGGCUCAUACUUUUCCUGGAAAGCUUCAGCUAUGGGGAAGAAUGUUUCUAAUGCAAAAACGUUUCUUGAAAAGAGGUAUUCAGAGGAUAUGGAACUUGAUGAUGCUGUACACACAGCAAUUUUGACCCUUAAAGAAGGGUUUGAAGGACAAAUUUCCGGGAAGAACAUCGAGAUUGGUAUCAUUGGAAGUGACAGAAAGUUUCGGGUUCUUGAUGCUGCAGCGGUUGAGGAUUACCUGCAAGAAGUGGAGUAG